CUCGUCACUCUCCUCUCUGUGUCACCUCCAGCCACAGCAGAAGCAGCAUCCAUCCAUCCAUCAUGAUCUCUAGCUCCUUCAGGAUGUCGAGCUCCGGUGGCUCCAUGAUUGGCAGCGGUUCACGAAUGUCGAUGAGGGCCGGCAGCGUGUGCGGCGGGGCUGGAGGCUCUGGGGUCCGCAUCUCCUCUGCCAGGGUUUCAGGCCUGGGUAGCAGCAUCAGCGGUGGCUUCGCUGGUGGCUUUGGCGGUGGCGUCAGUGGUGGCUACUCGUCCUCCAUGAGCUACAGCGUGUCUGGCAUGGACGACAGCCUGAUUGGCAACGAGAAGUUCACCAUGCAGAACCUGAACGACCGCCUGGCCGUCUACCUGGUCAAGGUGCGCUCGCUGGAGAAGGCCAACGCCGAGCUGGAGCUGAAGAUCAGGCAGUAUUUGGAGAGCAAGGUCGGCCCCACCGCCCGAGACUACAGCGCCUUCUUCGUCACCAUCGGCGACCUCACCGCCAAGAUUCAGGCUGCUGUUAAGGCCAACGGAUUCAUCCACCUGAACAUCGAUAACGCCCGCCUGGCCGCUGAAGACUUCAAGACCAAGUUUGAGAAUGAGCUGUUCAUGCGUCAGUCCGUGGAGGCCGACAUCGCCGGGCUCCGGAGGGUCCUGGAUGAGCUGACUCUGGCCAGAGCUGACCUGGAGCUGCAGAUCGAGGGCCUGAAGGAGGAGCUCAUCUUCCUCAAGAAGAACCACGAGGAGGAGCUGCUGGCCAUACGGUCUCAGAUGGGCGGCCAGGUCAACGUGGAGGUGGAUGCUGCUCCUCAGCAGGACCUCACAAAGAUCAUGGCAGAGAUCAGAGAGCACUAUGAGGCUGUUGCUGCCAAGAACCAGAGGGAGUUGGAGACCUGGUUCCAGACCAAGACAGAGACUCUGAACAAAGAGGUAGUCACUCAGACCGUCACCCUGCAGACGUCCCGCACAGAAGUCACAGAGAUCAAGCGUACAUUGCAAUCUCUUGAGAUUGAGCUGCAGUCCUUGAUGGGCAUGAAAGCGUCGCUGGAGGGGACUCUGACAGAGACACGAAACCGCUACGCCAUGCAGCUGUCUGGGUACCAGAUGCAGGUGACGUGCCUGGAAGAGCAGCUGGUGCAGCUGAAGGCCGACCUGGAGAGGCAGGGCCACGAGUAUAAGAUGCUGCUGGACAUCAAGACCAGGCUGGAGAUGGAGAUUGCAGAGUACAGGAGGUUGCUGGAUGGAGAGAGUAAUAGAAGCAUCAGCACCUCGUCGUCCUCCACCUCCAGCACUUCAACCAGGCGGGUGACGACUACGGUAGAGCAGGUGAUUGAUGGGAAGAUGGUCACCAGUUCAUCUUCCGCUUCGUCCUCCUCUCUCAGGCUGACCGCUUGAGUCUGUGGAUGACAGCAACUUUUCUCUCUUUACUCAUCUUCAGCAGAGAAUCUGAACCGACAAUAAAAUGAGAGUCCAAAGAAA